UUUUGGUUUCUUUUCCUGCUGAGUUAGGCUGGCAGUCAGCUCCCACCAUGAAGCUCCUGAAGGCUGCUGUAAUCUUUGUUGUGGUGCCCACUCUGACGCCGGCUUUUGACCCUCUCAGCGCUUCUCUCGUUGCGGGAAGCGCUGUCAUGGCUUGGCACCUCUUCUCCUCCGACUCCUGGCUCAAGUGCCGCUUCCAAGAGUGCUGCGAGAAGAAUAGAACUCUGAAUUUCACAGCGCUGAAGGCGCAGCUGGACGACAGGCUCUUCGGGCAGCACCUGGCCAAGGACGUGGUGCUGAAGGCGGUGCUGGGCUUCAGCAACAACCCCAGCCCCAAGAAGCCGCUGAUGCUGUCGCUGCACGGCUGGGCCGGCACCGGCAAGAACUUCCUCAGCCAGAUCCUGGCGGAGCAGGUCCACCCCGCCGGCCUGCGCAGCAAGUUCGUCCAUCUCUUCCUGGCCACCCUGCACUUCCCCCACCACGACCAGGUCAAGCUCUAUAAGGAACAGCUGCAGAACUGGAUUCGAGGCAAUGUCAGUGCCUGUCCCUCCUCCGUCUUCAUUUUUGAUGAGAUGGACAAAAUGCAUCCAGGUGUCAUUGAUGCUAUCAAGCCCUUCUUAGACUAUUACGAGGAGGUUGAUGGGGUGUCCUACAGGAAAGCCAUCUUCAUCUUCCUCAGCAAUGCAGGUGGUGAUUUAAUUAACAAAGCAGCUCUUGACUUCUGGACAAGUGGAAAGCGCAGGGAAGAUAUUCAGCUGAAAGACCUGGAGCCAUUGCUCUCUGUAGGAGUCUUCAACAACAAGAAUAGUGGGCUGUGGCACAGCAGCAUCAUUGACAGGAACCUUAUUGACUACUUUGUCCCCUUCCUGCCCCUGGAGCAAAGGCAUGUGAAGAUGUGUGUCAGGGCUGAAAUGACAGCCCGUGGCUAUGCUGUGGAUGAGGAGAUUGUUCAGGCAGUGGCUGAUGAGAUGACUUACUUCCCCAAGGAGCAGAAGAUCUACUCUGAUAAAGGGUGCAAGACUGUGCAGGCCAAGUUGGAUAUUCAUGAAGACCUUGUGAUGAGAGAGAUGAAAGCCAGGGGUUAAUUUCUACUUUGUGUCUCCAAAGCACUUUGAGAAGGCUUUGGAAAUCUGUGUAUUUGCACUUAGACUUUUUUUACUGUUGCAGGGAGUAUGGUGAAAAUAUCAGAGUGAGCUGUAUGGGCUUUGUAGCUUGUGUGUUUGGUUUUGUUGAUUUUUUUUUUUUUUUUUUUUUA